AUGCGUGACGCUUUUGGCUGCCGCCUGCUUGCGUUGGCCGUCUCCGGCUCGUGCCUCCUGUCCGCCGUCGUGGGCACACCGUUGAACCCUGCACACCAACAAAUUUCGCGGGAACCACAUGCGGCCCACAAUGCGGAACCUCUGACCAAGUCAAAGCGCCAGCAGACCGCCGGAGAAGCUUUGGCUGUGACCGGAAUGGAUCAUGAUACCGUGCAGCCGCGCCUGGAGAUCCGCGACCUGGCCAAGAAUGAGUUCCAGUGGAACCUGUUCCUUUUGGCCAUGCAGAAGUUCCAGCAGACGGACCAGGCCGACAGGUCCUCGUGGUAUUCGGUUGCCGGAAUCCAUGGAAAGCCGUAUGAGGUAUGGGAUGGUGUGGAGUCCAAGGGACGUAAAGAUUCCGGCUAUUGCAUGCACUCGUCCAAUUUGUUUCUGCCGUGGCACAGGCCGUACCUGGCCCUUUACGAGCAAACACUUCAAGGACUCAUGUCGGAAAUCGCCGGCGAAUGGGACGGAAGCCCCGAAAAUGACAACUACACCGAGGCUGCCAACACCUUCAGAUUGCCUUAUUGGGACUGGGCAGUCCUUCCCCCGGACGGCGAGAAAAGCGUUCCCAGCUUCCUGAGUUCCCCGACCAUCGACGUCACGCUGCCGAAUGGAACAGAGACCAUUGACAACCCGCUGUACUCCUACAAGUAUCACCCCCUGCACGGGGAUGACCUCUACGACUCGGGCGUUACUCAAUUCUCCGUUUACCCUGAGACAAUGAGAUACCCCCCAACAAAGGAAGCGAGCGCUCAGUCACAAGAAGACCAAUUCGUCAGCACCAUGGACAAGAGCCGCCCGCAGCUGCGUGAUGCGCUCUACGAUCUCUUCACGAACUACCACAACUUCACCAUUUUUGGUAACAUGGCUUCUUACAAACCAGGCCAGUUCCAGAGUGUCGAGGCUAUUCACGGCUGGGUCCACAUCUGGGCUGGUGGCAACAACGGAAACAUGUACCAUGUCCCCUGGUCAUCGUUCGACCCGGUCUUCAUGUUGCACCAUUGUAACAUCGACCGUAUCUUUGCCAUGUGGCAGGUGCUCAACCCUGACAGCUAUGUUGAGCCUUGGGCCCAGGCUUACGGGACAUACAUGGUCAACUCUGGAGACGUCCUGGAUGCUGAUUCUGAGCUGUAUCCGUUCCAUGCCAACACGAACGGCGACUUUUGGACAGCGGCCAAGGUUCGCGAUGUGAAGACCUUUUCGUACACUUACCCCGACCUCGUGAACGCGGACCAGGCAGCGGUUAGGACGACGAUCAACAAACUGUACGGCCAGAGCACUGUCAGCCACCGGACCAAGCGUGCUGAUGUUGAGGACGCGGUCGAUGAUGUGGCCGACGGCGUUACCGAUAUCAUCAACAAGCUCGUCCAACCCGGUCAGAUCGAUGCCGAUGCCGCCGCAAAGGACGAGCGCCGUUACGAGUACACGGCCAACAUCAAGCUGAGCAAGUGUGCUCUGGGAGGUCCCGGCGUCAUUUACCUCUUCAUCGGCAACUUCAGCGACAGCCCUGCCGACUGGAUGACGGACGACCACCUCGCCGGUUCAUCUCCGCUUUUCGUGAUGGAUGACUCGGCCAUGGGAGCUGGUGAAAGUCAAGAUAUCUAUGCCGCCGUGUCCCUGACGCGCGAGAUUGAGCAGCGCGUUGCCAGCGAGGACCUGGGCUGCAUGGAUCCGUCCGAAGUCGUUCCGUACCUCAAGGAGAACCUCCAGUGGAGGGUUCAGAAGGCCGACGGUUCCUCUGUGCCCGCCGACCAGGUCGAAGGCCUUGAAAUCUCCAUCGCCAAGGCAGCCUAUCGGCCCGCCGCGUCCGAUUGCGAGUUCCCCUCGCUGGUGGGUGUCAUCGACACGCUGUCGGAGAUCACCUCUGGCAAGGCAGGCGGUCUGGCCGCUGUGGGCUCGCUCCUUGGCGCGACGGGAGAUGAGGAAUAA